UUCAUCAGGAUCAGGAAACUUCAGCCUGACAUGGACACCAUCAGCCAGGGAUGCAGGACUGAAACAAACUCUCUGCUUUGUUGUCCAAGCAAACUCCUCCGGCUCCGUCUACCAGUCUGACUUUCGAUGUGUCUUUGUGACGACUGGGAGCACUGCAGCAACUGUUUCCCCUCCGACUACAACGGCUCCUCCAUCAACUAUGUUCAUGACAAUCCAACCUCCAUUCACAACUACACCUCCACCAACUACGACUGCACCAACUACAACUGCACCAACUACGACUGCACCUCUACCAACUACGACUGCACCUCCACCAAUUACAACUGCACCUCCACCAACUACGACUGCACCUCCACCGACGACGACUGCACCUCCACCGACUACGACUGCACCUCCACCGACUACGACUGCACCUCCACCAAUUACAACUGCACCUCCACCAACUACGACUGCACCUCCACCGACGACGACUGCACCUCCACCGACUACGACUGCACCUCCACCGACUACGACUGCACCUCCACCGACUACGACUGCACCCCCUCCAACUACGACUGCACCCCCUCCAACUACGACUGCACCUCCACCAAUUACAACUGCACCUCCACCAACUACGACUGCACCUCCACCAACUACGACUGCACCUCUACCAACUACGACUGCACCUCCACCUACUAUGACUGCACCUCCACCGACUACGACUGCACCUCCACCGACUACGACUGCACCCCCUCCAACUACGCCUGCACCCCCUCCAACUACGACUGCACCUCCACCAACUACGACUGCACCUACACCAACUACGACUGCACCUCCACCGACUACGACUGCACCUCCACCGACUACGACUGCACCUCCACCAACUACGACUGCACCUCCACCAACUACGACUGCACCUCCACCAACUACGACUGCACCCCCUCCAACUACGACUGCACCUCCACCAACUACGACUGCACCCCCUCCAACUACGACUGCACCCCCUCCAACUACAACUGCACCGCCACCAACUACGACUGCACCACCUCCAACUACGACUGCACCCCCUCCAACUAUGACUGCACCUCCACCGACUACGACUGCACCUCCACCGACUACGACUACACCCCCUCCAACUACGACUGCACCGCCACCAACUACGACUGCACCUCCACCAACUACGACUGCACCACCUCCAACUACGACUGCACCCCCUCCAACUAUGACUGCACCUCCACCGACUACGACUGCACCUCCACCGACUACGACUACACCCCCUCCAACUACGACUGCACCUCCACCAACUACGACUGCACCUCCACCAACUACGACUACACCCUCUCCAACUACGACUGCACCUCCACCGACUACGACUGCACCUCCACCAACUACGACUGCACCCCCUCCAACUACGACUGCACCUCCACCAACUACGACUGCACCUACACCAACUACGACUGCACCUCCACCGACUACGACUGCACCUCCACCGACUACGACUGCACCUCCACCAACUACGACUGCACCCCCUCCAACUACGACUGCACCUCCACCAACUACGACUGCACCCCCUCCAACUACAACUGCACCGCCACCAACUACGACUGCACCUCCACCAACUACGACUGCACCCCCUCCAACUACGACUGCACCACCUCCAACUACGACUGCACCCCCUCCAACUAUGACUGCACCUCCACCGACUACGACUGCACCUCCACCAACUACGACUGCACCUCCACCAACUACGACUGCACCCCCUCCAACUAUGACUGCACCUCCACCGACUACGACUGCACCUCCACCGACUACGACUGCACCGCCACCAACUACGACUGCACCUCCACCAACUACGACUGCACCCCCUCCAACUACGACUGCACCACCUCCAACUACGACUGCACCCCCUCCAACUAUGACUGCACCUCCACCGACUACGACUGCACCCCCUCCAACUACGACUGCACCUCCACCAACUACGACUGCACCUCCACCAACUACGACUACACCCCCUCCAACUACGACUGCACCUCCACCAACUACGACUGCACCUCCACCAACUACAACCGAUCAACCCAGCACAACAACUGCACUUCCUUCAACUACGAUUGUGUUCUCACCAACUACCAACCAACCCUCUGCAACAUUUGCACCAGGACCAUAUUAUGUUUUGGCUCUGAAUGUAAAGCUUUACACUUCACUAUCACUGGAGAAUGACUCUGCAACCAUCAUAAAGCUGAUCAAAGAUGAGCUGAAAAGACGAGGGCUGCCUCCAGAUAUAAUGUUAAAGCUGUUAAGUGAUGGUGUGGUGAAGGCGACAGCCUGAAUCUGAGCCUCAAUGUGGCUAGAAAUAUGUUUCCUU